CGACCUCGUCCUGUGGCACCGAUUGGUUGGCUCCUGUGCGUGAAGACGUUGCGUCGUGGGGCGGGGCGGAGGAGCGUUGUCCGUAGAGCCUCAGCCCUGUGUCCUCGGCCACCGCCCCCGCUGCUGCCCCGUAUCCGCCCCUCGCCUGCCUUUAGAGGGUACAGGCGACAGCAGUUUCUCUAGGUGGUCAAACAGCCGCCAAACGUCUCCGUCGAGCUGCCUUUUCUAGCUGGCGGCUCUUCUGGGCUGGGUCCAGGUCGGGGGGUGGGGAAAAAUGGCGCCGGCGCCCCAAGGCGUCCGGGAGGAGCCGCUGCUGGAGUGUGGGUCCGGACUGCUUUCCCGGCUACUCUUCCUCGCCCAGGCAGUCCUCCUCCUGUUGCCGGUCGCCCGGGCAGGCCUCUGCCCCGCGCCCUGCUCCUGCCGCAUCCCUCUGUUGGAUUGCAGUCGCAGGAAACUGCCAGCGCCCGGCUGGAGGGCGCUGUCGAGCUCGCUGCCCCCCGACGCCGUCAGCCUGGAUUUGAGUCAUAAUCGGUUGUCUAACUGGAACAUCAGCUUGGAAUCUCAAACAUUACAAGAAGUGAAAAUGAAUUAUAAUGAGCUAACUGAAAUCCCAUAUUUUGGAGAACCAACCACUAAUAUUACUCUUCUCUCUUUAGUCCAUAAUAUAAUCCCAGAAAUAAACGCAGAAGCGUUCCAGUUUUACCCUGCUCUCGAGAGUUUAGAUCUCAGCUCAAAUAUAAUAUCAGAAGUCAAGAUAUCUUCAUUUCCUCGAAUGCAGCUUAAAUACCUGAAUUUGAGCAAUAAUAGGAUAACCAUCUUGGAGGCUGGUUGCUUCGAUAAUUUGUCAAGUUCCUUAUUAGUGGUAAAGUUAAACAGGAACAGAAUUAGCAUGAUUCCACCCAAGAUCUUCAAGCUACCGCACCUCCAAUUCUUGGAACUUAAAAGAAACAGGAUUAAAGUUGUGGAAGGUCUCACAUUCCAAGGUCUAGACUCCUUAAGAUCUUUGAAAAUGCAGCGGAAUGGAAUUAGCAAACUCAAGGAUGGAGCGUUUUUUGGCUUGGAUAACAUGGAAGAAUUAGAACUGGAGCAUAAUAACCUUACAGAAGUGAACAAGGGGUGGUUGUAUGGCUUGCGAAUGUUACAACAGCUCUAUGUGAGCCAGAAUGCUGUUGAAAGAAUCAGCCCUGAUGCAUGGGAGUUCUGCCAAAGACUGUCUGAACUUGAUUUGUCCUAUAACCAGUUGACCCGCCUGGAUGAAUCUGCCUUUGUGGGUCUGAGGUUACUGGAGAGAUUGAACUUAGGGGACAACAGAGUCACUCACAUUGCUGAUGGUGUAUUUAGGUUUCUUUCCAAUCUUCAGACACUAAACUUAAGAAACAAUGAAAUUUCAUGGGCCAUAGAAGAUGCUAGUGAAGCCUUUGCUGGACUCACAAGUCUCACUAAAUUAAUCUUACAAGGAAAUCAGAUUAAGUCAAUUACAAAGAAAGCAUUCAUUGGUCUUGAAUCCCUUGAGCAUCUAGAUUUGAACAACAAUGCUAUAAUGUCUAUCCAAGAAAAUGCUUUUUCCCAGACUCGCUUGAAAGAACUAAUUCUGAACACAAGCAGUUUGCUCUGUGACUGCCAUUUGAAGUGGUUGCUUCGGUGGCUGGUUGAUAAUAACUUUCAACAUUCUGUGAAUGUAAGCUGUGCACACCCUGAAUGGCUAGCAGGGCAAAGCAUCCUGAAUGUGGAUCUGAAAGAUUUUGUCUGUGAUGAUUUUCUCAAGCCGCAGAUAAGAACCCAUCCCGAAACCACAGUUGCUCUAAGAAGCAUGAACGUGACUCUGACAUGCAUUGCAGUGAGCAGCAGUGAUUCACCCAUGUCUGCUGUGUGGCGCAAAGACAGUGAAAUCUUGUAUGAUGCUGAUAUUGAGAAUUUUGUUCGUUAUCAGCAACAAGCUGGAGAAGCUCUGGAAUACACUAGUGUCUUACAUCUUUUCAAUGUAAAUUUCACAGAUGAAGGAAAAUAUCAGUGUAUUAUUACUAAUCACUUUGGUUCUAACUAUUCUCAUAAAGCCAAACUGACUGUGAAUGAGAUGCCAUCUUUUCUGAAAACUCCAAUGGAUCUAACUAUUCGCACUGGUGCCAUGGCCAGAUUAGAAUGUGCUGCAGAGGGGCACCCUGCACCUCAGAUUUCCUGGCAGAAAGAUGGUGGUACUGACUUUCCUGCGGCUCGAGAGAGACGCAUGCAUGUCAUGCCUGAGGAUGAUGUCUUCUUCAUUGCAAAUGUGAAAAUAGAAGACAUGGGGAUCUAUAGCUGCAUGGCACAGAACAUAGCAGGCGGCCUCUCAGCAAAUGCUUCAUUAAUUGUGUUAGAGACACCCUCAUUUAUUAGACCUCUGGAGGACAAGACAGUAACCCGAGGUGAAACUGCAGUAUUACAGUGCAUAGCUGGAGGGAGUCCUGCCCCUCGCCUCAACUGGACCAAAGAUGAUGGACCACUGCUGGUGACAGAACGGCACUUCUUUGCUGCAGCCAACCAACUUCUCAUCAUUGUAGAUGCUGGGCUAGAAGAUGCUGGGAAAUAUACCUGCAUUAUGUCCAACACCCUUGGGACAGAACGUGGUCACAUUUACCUAAAUGUGAUUUCAACCCCCAAUUGUGACUCUUCCCAGAGUAGCAUUGGGCAUGAAGACGAUGGGUGGACCACAGUUGGCAUUGUCAUCAUUGUUGUGGUCUGCUGUGUUGUGGGUACCUCUUUGAUCUGGGUCAUUGUUAUUUACCACAUGAGAAGGAAAAAUGAAGACUAUAGUAUCACGAACACAGACGAGCUCAAUCUGCCUGCAGACAUUCCCAGCUACUUGUCUUCCCAAGGAACACUGUCUGAGCCACAGGAAGGCUAUAGCAACUCUGAGGCAGGCAGUCAUCAGCAACUUAUGCCUCCUGCCAAUGGAUAUUUACACAAAGGCGCUGAUGGUGGCGCUGGCACCCGGGUUAUCUGCUCAGAUUGUUAUGACAAUGCCAACAUCUACUCCCGGACCCGAGAAUACUGUCCGUACACCUAUAUUGCUGAAGAGGAUGUUCUAGAUCAGACACUGUCCAGCCUUAUGGUCCAGAUGCCCAAAGAGACUUAUUUGGCACAUCUUCCCCAAGAUGCCACCACCCUGGAGAGCCUGGUAUCAUCAGCAGAUAGAGAGAUGUCUGCCUUUCCCACCAACCAUGAGAGGAUAAAUGAGAAGAAACUUUCCUCCACACAGAAGAGCAGUGAACCCUUGCAGCGGCCUCUGUGGAACAUAAGCAAAGACCCAGGUAUGCCUCGUCCUCCUUUAUCACAGCAGUCAGUCUUUGAGUCACCACAACUCCAUCAAAACGAGGGCCUGGCAGAGAGUGAUCCAGACUGUUCCACUUCCCCCAUGCCCUGUCACAGGUUACAUGACCACACUUUUGAUUUUAGUAGGACUCGGAACAUUCAAGAUGGCAGUGAGGGCACAUGAAACUCACUCCAGAAUGAAAUCUGGGCAGACUCAAAUUAGUUGAUUUUGUAUUUACUACCUCAGAGUUUGGAAGAAACCCCAAAGUCAGCAUUUGCUUUGCUCUUUGUCUACAGUUACAUCUGACCACAUCAAGGGGGGCCAGACAUUUGGGCUUAUACUUGACGAAGAAAAGGUAAUGGCUGACAGAAAUGGGUACAUCUAAUAGAAAAUGUGCAACACAGGCGGAGGAAGAUAGAGGACAGAGUGCUGUCUUAUGGUUCUACUGGGAUGUGCCCAGGUGCGCAUUGCCUGUUAGGGAGAGUCUCAUUGCUGCUUAACACCCUGGAUUGUCUCAACCUACAGAAUGAUCCUGAGUAAACAACGCUGUUCUAUUUUGCCUUCCAAGGAACAAAAAUAACUUUGGAGCCCCCCGGGAAGUGUGCCUGGGAUUCUGCAGUGGUUUUAAUCCUAUAGUUGAGAGUGGGGCUUUGAUAUUCAAGGUCUUCGACAAGAAUCCCAGACUUGACCAACUAUUACCAGGUUGAGGGUUUUGUAUUCUUGUGAAUCUCUCUCUUUCUCUCUCUCUCUCUUUUUUUUUUUUUUGGUCCCUAUCGCCCAGGGAUCUCACUGUAUAUAUAUGUGCAUUUAUAAAUAAUUUUUGUAUUCAUUGGUCAUAUGUGUUGCAAUGUAAAUAUUUUUGAUAUGCCAAAAUUAUAUAUAAUAUUCAGUUAUAAUAUUGACAGCAGCUUCUCAUACCACAGAUUUUGUACAACUUGGUUUAGUGAAUCCAAAGACUUUGUUUAAAGUUUUAAAUACGUAUUUGUUAAGAAGUAUAAGUAUAGAAGCAGGGUACCUAGUGAUUGCGUACACACAAACACGAUCUUGGUGUAAUUAACCACUUUCUUUAUGCCUAAAGAUUUGUACAGCUAAUCAUUUGUCAUCUGUUUACAAGUGCCAGGUAAUAUAAUCUUUCAAGCAUAAAAAGGCUUUUUCAAAAGACUAUCAGUUUUGUCAUUGUCAUAUGCACAUAGAUGAAGGAAAACUUGUUUGGGGAAUAGCUUCUUUCAGCAAAGUACUUAGUUGAUGAGGAAACCAAAGAUUGCUUUUUUUUCUGUGUGUGUGUUUGUUUUUUAAAAUAAUAUCUCUUCUACCAAUGCACAGUAUGUCUUAAGAAGGGAAGACUGCUUUUGGGAGUAGAAGAACGUGCAGAAAUUCUUAUACUGUAAAGCUUUAGAGUGGUCCUUGUUUUGUACAAGUGAUUAUUUAAGCCAAAAAGUUUUCUUGAAUUUCUGAUAGCAAAAAGUUUUAUGUAAACAAAAGACUUAGUGCUCUAAUAAAGUGUAAUGGACUAAAGCUCUUCUUUCUUUCUGCUUUCAGAAAAAAAGAAAGGCUGUCAGAUUCUGUCCUCUAAAUUUAGUGAGGACUAGUUACAUACUAGAUGACUUCAACCACUUAAAUGAAAAUAAUCUAUUUCUAAGUCAUUGUGCAUUUCAAGGAUUUUAAACUCACAUAAUUUCUCAGCUCUUUGCCAGGAAGUUUAGCUGAAUUUCAUACUGUUUUUCAAUCCUAAAUUUUUCUCCCAUAGGCAGCAGCACUUUUCUAGCUGUUUUAUGCCACCAUGCCUUUGUCUUUUUCCUUUUUAAAUUGUCAGCCUCUCUUCAUUUUCACUUUGAACUCCUUAAGUAUCACUAUUUUCUUCUCCCUUCAAUGUCUGAUCCAUCUUCUUACUUACUAGGUUGCAGUAUAAUUUGUACUGGACUGACUUAGAAUCAUGAAACCUGAUUUAGUUCCUAGCUCUGCUGCUUACUAGUUGUGUAAUCAAGGGCAAGUCCCUUUACAUCUCAGCCUGACUUUCUCAUUUAUGAAAUGAGGGCAUUUUACUAGAUGCUUUAAAGCUCUUUCCUGCUGUAACAUUCUAUGAAUCUGUGAUCCCUCCUGGAAUCAAGGAGGAUUAUCUACUCUAAUAAAAAGCUGCUUUCAUGAAAUAUUUUUUAGAGUAGAACAGGAGUGAUGCUGCUUACUCUGACUUGAGCCAGAUUUAUUUCCUGUCUAGCAGGAGUAAUGCUAUAAGAAAUCCUCAUGAGGAGAAGAAAUAUUCAGCUUCUAAAACAGUGUCAGUAAACAUAAAGAAUCUUGAGUAGAUUGAGAACCACCCUUUGCCCUCCAGAACACCAGGUCUGAAUGCUAGUGUUACAGCACACCAGAGUAUCAGAAUCAGUUGAGAGGUGUGCCACAACUAAUUUGUAACUAGUUUGUGACUCACUUACCUUUCUAAGGUAUUCAAGGUCAUCUCUCUAAUUAUAGACAUCUCUUAUAAUUAUAUACUCUUACAUUCGGAUAGACUUUCUUUAGGGAAAAAAGUGGAGUUAGAACAAGGCUGCAAGUGAGCAUCAGCUGUUACAUGUGAGAGGACAAAAAACAGGCUGCAAACCAGUGCUCUAGAAAACUUAAAAUACGUGAUUGCUGCCUCUGCUUUAGCCAGUGGUGUCAGGCCGGUCUCCUGAAUAGCCAGGUUCUCUGUCAACUCAAAUGGUUGAGAUGUCCUCCCAGGUAUUGCUAGCUUUCCUAAAUAACUAAAAAACUUGCCUAAAAAACUAGUCAGGAAUUUGUUUAAAUGUGAAUAGCCUACCCUGGUCUUAAAAAAAUAGUAAAUUUAAUAAAUUCUAAUCUUAGGAGAUGGAAUUCCUGAAAUUUUUCAGUAUUGCAUAUGUAGAGCAUAUAGCAAAUGCUCUACUAUAAACUGGAUUAGUGGCUCAUCCGUGUUUCUUCCCAUCAGUGUAAUGUCUGCCUGCCACCAAUUUAAUCAAAAAUGUUGCAAAAACAAGGCAAACUAAAUUACUGAGAGAAAUAUUGUCCCAAUUACCACUUCAUAUCAGUAGGGAUACAUAAAUUCUCUUAAUUUGUUUGUGCCCCUCUUAGACUGAUUCUGUAAGUAUACCUGGAAGAAGAAAUAACAUUGUGGUUGUACUCCAAGUCUUCCUGCCACAGAGUCUAUGCCUGACCCGUUGGCUGUCUGUCACUCAGUAACCUCUAAAGUGCUUUCCCUAGAUGUAAGUUAAUCUGUAGGAUAGGAAAUACCAGAAACCCAGCCCAGUGUGCCAUUCCCUCUAAUGUGCCAUCUUAGAAUGCUUUAAAUGUGUAUUUUCUCUGUAAGGUAACUUUCGUGUUUAAAAACAGUUGCCUUCACAUUGCCCAUUGGCAGGUUGUAAAAGAAGAAACAUUAAGAUGUUAAGCAACUUAGACUCUAUUAUCCAUUUUCCUAAGAAAAGGGAGACAUGAUAAAAGUCUUUAGUUACUUAAAGGGUUGUCAUAUGAAACAAAGAUUAGAUUCACUCUUUUUAUUCCAGCAGACAGGGGUCAUAUCAGCGGGGAAGAAGUUACAGGGAGAUGCAGUACAUGCUUGCCAAUAAUUCUAUAUAAGCUAACACUCUAACAAUUAGAUUUGUCUGACAAUUGGAAUAAUCAGCCUUUCAUGGAAAAAGUGUAUACAGAAGCUAAAUAAUCAUCUGUUAAUAACAUUGAAGAAAUUUCUGUGUUGAAAUCAAAUAUGGGCAAGAUGACUUUUAGCUCUCUUUCAGUUUUAUCAUUGGAAAUCUUCAGAAGCAAGACAGGCUUAAAACUUUGUCUUUCAGAAUUCUUUAUAUACAGUAAGUGUGGAACACUUAAAAAGUUUUUUUUUUUUUAACUGAAAGAUUAUGUUCUUUGAUUGACAAAAGGAGCCUGUUUUGUGUUAAUGGCUGAAAACAUGAAACUCUGGGCUUAUUCUUCUGAGAAAAUCUAUAAGGUUCCUAACCCAAAUGGUAUGACCAUAAUAAAAACUUUUAAAGCCUAUAAUGUAUUAUAACCUUCCCUUUUACUCUUUAAUUUUUAUUCCUGUUUCUUUGUAUCAGUGGGACUCCAUUUGGAAUGGGGUUAGAAUUGUGAUGUUCAAGUUUAUACCCAGUAUUUUACCCGAGUGUGUUAUGGCAUCUGCUUAUCAUUUUAAUAUCCACAGAAAUGCCAAAAGGGUAAUGGAGUAUCAGAGGUAAAUUGGCUGUCAUUUUAUGCUACAGCCUCCAUUUCUUACUUUGCUUCUUGAUGCAGAUUACCGAAGUAAUUGUGAAACAGUUGGACCUUAGAAAGUUGAGCUAAGAUUUUUAGGCAACCUGUAAGUAAUGUUUCAUUUUUCUCUUACGUGGUCUCUUUCCCAGUUCACUGUGGCAGAUGUUUUUCCUUCUUGCUUCUUCUAAUUUAAAACUUUUUUGUUUGGAGUACAAUCUAAGCCAACAUCAGUUAGCCUUAAUUUUCUUCCUUCCUUCCCCCCUUCCUCCCUUCCUCCCUUCCUCCUCGUUUGUUGACAAAAAUAACAUGUUCUGAAUUGAGAUAUGGUACAAACUUCUCUUAACAAAACAACACCUGAAAGCCCACGAAUCAUCUGGAGGUUUUGUGGGUAGUAAGGGGUAGGGGUGUGUGUGUGUGCGUGCAUGCUUGGGUGAGGAGUAAUAUUUGGACCUGCUCCUUCAAGGUUGUGUGUUGAGUGUUUCUUAGCAAUCCUAAUAUCUCCACCAAUAGGUGGGGUGAAGGUGAAUAAAAAGCUUGAUUUGAGCCUGUUUUCAAAUGUAAGGAGUAGACUGAUCUUUUGUCAACUCUGUCUUUAAAGAGAAAUUGAUCAUCAAGGGGUCAAGUGCUCUUGGAAUAUCUUUUGGCUACUUAAAGUGGCCUCUUGAUCCAUUGAGAGACUACUUCUACCCUCUACUUUCCCCCUGUUCUCCCUUUUUACCCCUAUCAGAGGAUGUCAGUCUGAGCAGCCCUGGUACUAGAUGUACCUAUAGGGAGUUAUAAGCCAAGUUGUUGUGUUCAUUGUGGCCAUUUCCUAGUGUCUAUUUAUAUUUUCUCACACAUGAGAAUGUAUAUUUUAUAAAGCAUGUGUUUGUCUACUUGUUUGUCUACUGUAAUAUGUCUUCAAUAAAGCUAAAAUACAUUAU